AUGAUGUUACCAACUACACGAUUGCUGGGCUUGCUUACCCUUCUCACUGCCUCUGCCCAAGCCGCACCAACAAGAGAAGUGCGUUCAGACGCUGAGGGAAAAUGCAGCAGAGUCCAGGUAGCCAUCCUCGGCGCUGGUCUCGCCGGAAUCACUGCUGCCCAGGCAUUGGUCAGUGCAAAUAUCACAAACUUUACAAUCGUUGAGUACAACAACCGGAUCGGUGGGCGGGUGUACAAUCGCGCUUUUGGAAAGCAGCCAAACACGAACGAGUCCUACUUUGUGGAACUUGGUGCUAACUGGUUAGUGAUCUUGAAAUGGGUCUGGGAUGCUUUUGAACGGUCGGCUGACUAUAUGAACAGGGUGCAAGGCACUGAAAGUCAAACAGAAGAGAAUCCGAUUCUGACCUUGGUUAAGAGAUAUAACCUGACAAACACGCCCUCCAACUUCACGAACCAGACGGUCUUUAACGAGACCGGUCAAGUGCACCCCGGUAGCUUGACGGAAAGGUUUGGAAAGCUUGAAGCGCUGUACAAGGACGCCACCGAACAUUACCAGUAUGACGCUGGCCAAAUAAUUCUCCAAAACCAGCAAGAUCGCAGUGCCCGUACCGGUCUCGCCAUUGCAAACUGGAAGCCGGGCAGCGAUCCGCUGGCCCAAGCUAUCGAGUGGGCGUCGAUGGAUUUCGAGUACGCCAACCCGCCAGAGAAGACAUCCCAGCAGUACUCGGUCGUCAAUUCCAACACAUCCUUCCAACGUUGGGCGGACGAAAACAACUUGGUACAUGAUGCUCGGGGAUUUUCCUGGUUCAUCAAGGAAGAAGCGAGAUUGUUCUUGAAGGAGAGUACCCAGCUGAGGCUCAAGACAAUUGUCAAGAAUAUCACCUACUCGUCAGAAGAAGUCACGGUCUACAACGAUGACGGCAGUUGUAUCACCGCCGACUACGCUAUCUGCACAUUCUCACUGGGCGUCUUGCAGAAGGAGGUGGUCAGCUUCUCGCCGAAGCUUCCGGAUUGGAAACGCACGGCUAUCCAGUCCAUGACCAUGGGCACCUACACGAAAAUCUUUAUGCAGUUCAAGCAAGAAGAUGUCUUCUGGGACAAGAGUACGCAAUUCUUCCUGUACGCCGAUCCAGUACAGCGGGGCUACUAUCCGUAUUUCCAGUCGCUAGACCACGAAGAGUUCGAGGACGGCUCCGGCAUCCUCUUCGUCACCGUCGUCGACCAACAGUCCUACGUCGUGGAGGCUCAGGAUUUCAAUACCACCAAGAGCCAAAUCAUGGAGGUCCUGAAGGACAUGUUCCAGAGGGAGAUUCCUGAUCCCAUUGACUUUUACCAUCACAACUGGACUCGUGAGCCCUGGGCAUACGGAUCCUACUCCAAUUGGCCGCCGGCCCUGACUUUGGAGAUGCAUCAAAACAUCCGCGCCAACCUCGGCAAUUUGUGGUUCGCUGGAGAGGCGACCCAUCCUCAAUAUUUUGGGUUCUUGCAGGGCGCGUAUUACGAGGGGAAGAAUGCGGGCGAGGCCGUUGCCGGGUGCAUCAAGGACAAGGAUGGCUGUGUCCGGGAGGUGGCGUAUGAGGUGUUGAAUGGGACGACCAGCACUGACAAGUAUUCCAAGGUCAAUGGGUGGAGUACCAAGACGUUUGUCAAAGAACUUGGCAUCAAUAUCAAGAGUUGA